AGGAAAUCCACUUAAGAUAAAUGUUCGCAAUGAAAAAGGUCAAAAAUUUUAUCACAUUCUAUUUAUAUGCCAAACUAUUACAUAAUAUUGUAGCUGGUGAACACACAGCAAACACUUUUAGUUAAUUGCUGGUCCGCGACGGAAUACUGAAGUAGAUUUCAAACUGUGCAGUACAAAGUCGGAAUAAAUAGAAAAACUGUGAACAUGAACGGGAGGGCUUUAAUGCUUCAAUUUCUAUACUUAUUCUCGGUACUAAACCACUUCGAAUCAGCAGCUGUGAAUUCGGAAAAAAGUAUCGUAAUCAUUGGCUCAGGACCAUCCGGAAUAGCUGCUGCAACCAGACUGCUUUCGAAUGGAUUCAAAAAUGUCACAAUCUUAGAAGCUGAAAAUCGUUUCGGUGGCCGCAUAAAUACUAUUCAAUAUGGUGCAAAUGUUCUUGAUAUGGGGGCUCAAUGGUGUCAUGGUGAAGUUGGUAAUGUUGUGUACGAGAUGGCCAAAGGCAAAGAUUUGCUAUCGACUCAUGUAGUAGAUGUAUCAGUCGGCAAUUUAUUUAGAUCAAAUGGUGAGGCAAUUCCAAAGGAAAUAGCAAGUAAAUUGAAUGCAGUGGGACAUGGAAUAGAUUCUGGUUUCAGUGAAGAACAAAUUGUGUACAAUGGAUCGAUGGGAAAUUUUUUCGCCGAUAAAUACUGGGCAGCACUUCAAGGUGAUGAUUUUAAAGAUGUUGACGACGAACUGAAACAUCAGGCAUUUGAAUACUAUCACGGAUCACAACGCACGAACGAUGGUUGCGAUAAUUGGUAUGAAUUGUCCUGUCGAAGCUCUAAUGACUGGGAGGAUUCUCCUGGUGACUAUUUAUUAAAUUGGAAAGACAAAGGAUUUGUUACUGUAUUCGAUUUGCUGCAAAACAAAAUUCCGAGCGGAAACGAUAGUCAAAAUACAGUCGAUGUCUUGCCAUACAUUCAGCUUAAUAAAGAAGUUCAGAAAAUUAAUUACAAAGAAGCUUUAACAGCGAACGCCCCAAUACAUAUUGAAACCAGUGAUGGUUCUAUUUACAAUGCUGAUCAUGUAAUAUGUACAGUGUCACUGGGAGUGCUGCAACAUCGUCAUUUAAGUUUGUUCGAACCAUUGUUGCCAUCUCGGAAAAUUAACAGUAUUGACGGAAGAGCAUUAGGUACCGUUGACAAACUAUUCGCUGAAUAUGAUGCACCAUUCUGGCACGAUCAAUGGGAAGGUUUUGGAAUGUUAUGGCUACCCGAGCAAUUGAAAGUAGUCCGUGAGGAUGCAAUUAACGGAGAUUGGCUAGGUGGCAUUAUUGGUUUUUAUCGUGUCAGCUACCAACCAAACAUUUUAUGUGGAUGGAUAACUGGACCAGAAGCACGGAAUAUGGAACGAAAAAGCGAUGAAGACGUUAAACGUGGCGUUGAUAAAGUGAUGAAAAUGUUCUUAUCGAAGAAAUUCACUGUGCCAGACACAAAGUCCGUAAAACGGUCCCAAUGGUUUUCGAAUCCACAUUUUCGCGGCUCAUAUUCGUACUAUACGUUAAAGAGUGAUGCAGUUGGUGCAACAACUUCGCAAUUGGCGGAACCAAUAGAAAGCGAAAAUGGAAUUCCCGUUGUACAGUUUGCUGGCGAAGCAACUUCGAAGCAUUAUUUUUCAAGUGUUCACGGGGCGAUCGAAACUGGUUGGCGUGAGGCAGAACGUUUAAUUGAUACAUACAAAGGUAAAAUUUGAAGACUAAUUCAAAGCCUUAUUAUAUUCGAUCAAAGAAAAAAAGGCAUGACAUAUGCUGGACGCUCACGAUUCAAAGGUUGUAACAAAUUGGUCGAUUAUGAUUUCUAUUCAAAUAAUUUCAAUUAAAUACCAUUUCAAUAGAACCCAAA